GUGAGAAUUGAGAAUGAUCGGUAGUGCAGUACUAUCUCGUGUUAAAGCUGCCGACAGUCCCUUUCGCAUUAUUCUCAAGAAAAGAAAUACCCACGACGACAGUGUGACGCGAACAUAAUUCGAACAGUCCCAAGGUGCAAGGUCGCGCUCGCAGACUCCCGACGUCGAAAAAAAUCCGUUGAGUCUCCUGUCACGCUGCUAGUCGGUAAGGUUGCGUAGUCGUGCAUGCGCAGUCGGUCGCGUCGACUGCGUGAUCUCUUACCCCCUCUCCCAUUCCACUACUCUACGACAGUAGUAUCUUCUUUUUCUCGCCGCACACGCGCGGCGAGAGUCAAUCCGCGCAAAAGUGGUCAGUGCAAAAGGAAAGCCAAGGAACGCCGGAGGUUCGCGAGCACAUAGGAGGAUGCCGUUCGGCUGUUUUGAACGUGGCGCCCUUCCCUUCUCGUUACCGGCCUUUUCCCUCCUCCUCCUUCUCCUCCUCCUACCCUUCAUUAGACACCGCUCCGUUUCUCCUUCCGCGCUACGUGCGACGCGUCAACCACAGACCUAACCGUCCCUCCCUCGCUGCACUCUUCGGAAGCGCGCGUGACAGUGUUGUGUAUGUGCGGGGCGCAGCGCGUGUACGUGUACACGAGAUGUUGAAUGAAUGACGUAACCUAUAUACGGGAAAUAACGCGUAUCGGUGUCAGCACAGUGCGUUACGCCUUUGGCCGCGUCGGACGGAGCGGUCGCGCGGUGCUACUGGUGUGCUUCAGUGCGAGGAAGAGAGAGAGAGAGACAGACAGACUGUAUACAACGCCGACGCGUUAUCACGCGUGAUCUUGGACGCGCGCCGCCGAGUGGUGCGUAGUCGAGCCGAGCGGAACGUAAACGGAGGCGUAGCGGAGCGACGCGUGACGCCGUGCCCGCGCGUUCCUCGCAGGCACGUGCGACAAUGGCCACGGACUGCGUGGACGGCGACUACCUCGGCGCGUACGCGCGCUUCUUCGCGGAGUUCGUCGCGAGGGUGAAUCCGGACGAUCAGCUGCCGGUGAAGGUGAGCGGCUACGACAUCAGCGAGGGCGAGAUCGUCGGUGAGAUCAUCAGCGUGACUCUACAGUACCUCAAUCAGACAUACUGUCCACCGAGCUUGCAGUCGUAUAUCGUGCAUCUCGUGAUACAAGCGAUCAAGUCAACAUGCAAAAAGCAGCCGGAGAUCUGCGGACUGAGGCAGCAGGAGAAGACGUACGCGCCUCUGAAGCUCAUGCAGGCCGUCACGAACGAAGUCAACGAGAUUUGCAGGCGAUAUUUGGAUAACAGCAGGCUGGCGUUACUGCCGCCGCCUUCGUCGACCCCGCAAGUGGCGGUGGGUGCUACCAGAAAUGCCCGGAGAAAAAUGGAAGACCGUCACGUGGUCCUGCACGACUUGCACACUAUUUUUAACAUUCAGGAUGACACGAUAGCAAAUUACUACGCCGUGUUCGACGGGCACGGAGGGCAGGAUGCGGCGGCGUACUGCGCGACGCAUCUCCAUCAGUAUUUGGUCGAGAGCGUGCACUAUCCCACGGAUCCGGAACGCGCGCUACGCGAUGCGUUCCUGACCGCGGACGCGCAGUUCAUCGCAAAAUCGAGCACGCUGAGAUUGAAUGGCGGUACCACUGCGGUGUGCGUGCUGGUGCUAGAUAAAAAGUUGUACGUUGCUUGGGUCGGCGAUUCCAUGGCUUCGCUGGUUAAGCGCGGUUGCGUGAAGCAGCUGGUAAAUCCGCAUCGUCCCGCGAGAGAAGACGAGCAGGAACGGAUUAAUAACAUGGGAGGAGUCGUUGUCAACUGCGUGGGUGUUCUACGAGUAAACGGAUUCCUCAGCAUAUCACGAGCCAUAGGCGAUGUCUUGCACAAACCAUUCGUCAGCGGCGAGCCUGAGAUCCGAUGCGUCCCCUUGGACGGAACCGAGGACUUCCUCAUAAUCGCCUGCGACGGACUGUGGGACCACGUGGACCCGAGAACAGCCGCGCAGCGAGUCUACCGGCAGGUGCUACAAAAUCCACACGACCUCAAAUACGUGCAACAGACUCUGCUGCAGUGCGCUAAGCGCGCGGGCUCGUUCGACAACAUCACCGUGAUAGUAGUGUUCCUGACACCGCCGAUCGAGAUCGCCUCGCGACCCCUGAACGCGCAUCCGUUACUGUCGUAUCCGGCGCCGAAUGGUCUAACGCUGAACAACAUGGACUCGAACAAUCCGUUCCUGUCGAACGUCAACGGCCAGUUCGACGUGAAUGCUGCCUUUGUGAAGCAGCAACAAAAGCUCGACGCCGACCUGCAGCACGAGAACGGCACCGAUCUGGAUCUCGACGAUAACCGUCGACUGAUCUACGGCACCAGCUCCAGCAACGGCAAGCACGUGGAAGACCUGGACGGUAACGACGACUACGAUUACGGUGACUUGGGUCCGGAGACCGACGUCGACGCCGUCGACGACGCGCCCGACGUUCGCGCGCCGCUCGAGCGGCUGUCGCGCGAGCUCUUCCCCGACGAGAAGUCGCGGCGUGAUGUCGCGAGCGAAGGUGACAACAACAUCGAGGACGACGAUGACGAGGAUGACGACGAGGACGAGGACGAUGAAGACGAUCUUAGCCGCGACAAUGCGAACAUUCGGCGAACGUACGAUGCCGACGACGUGAUGGACAAUCGUAUCCGAGGACAGAGUAAUGAGGACGUUUACGGCGCGGACGACAACGUGCCGCGCGACAACAAUGACGACGUGGUGCCGCAGCCGCCGCCACGCGGCGUCGUAGAUAGCGACGCGCGCGUCACCGAGCCCGACGCACCCGUCGUCGACGACGACGAGUCGCCACCCUCGCCGCCGCGAGCUGCUAAACCUCUCCAGCAUGCACUGAUCCCCGAAGCGGAUAAUGUAGCGGACAGUGAGGAUUCCGAGGACGAGUGGAAUUACUAUCGUAUCGAUCCGAACAAAGAGGAGUCCGCGACGGCGACCCGCGCUGCAGCCCCGGGCGACGAGGAGAAGAACACACGGGAGAAUCCCGAGCUUGACGUGAAGGAUAACUCGGAAGUCCAAUCUCUGGAGGAAGCGGCCGAUAUUAAAUGCGAAAGACGAACGGAGGAGGAGACCUCGUCUGAGCUUAUUGACACCGAUAUAAGCGACGAAAGAGAGUUGAAAGGAGAAUCGGAGAGAAAGCUCGCCUGCAGCGAAGAAGAAGAGACACAAGAGGCAGACAUGGAUUUCCAACUGAAUCCGAACGCGGCCGAAUUCGUGCCGACGGCGGUGUCACCCACGUUGCUGGACCGCAGAAACAUCACGGACUUUCCCAUAAGCGGCUCGCCCCUGAAGCAAACGCUGGUGAUGGACGAUAUCCCGGUGCCGACUCAGAGCGAAUUUGAGGAGGAGGUGUCGCAUCGUCCACGGGAGAUAGACGAGAAGACAGAUUAUACGAAUGGCGACCACGAUAAUCUGCAGGGCUUGGACGUGUCGGAGAUCUCGUCGACGAGAGCCGAAUUGGGCGACGAGUCGAUUGCGCGCAUAAUGGCGACCACGCAACAGUGGAGCGCGAAGAUGCGCGACGAUGGCGGCGUCGGGUCCGAGGUGGAGGAAUAUGAUAUUGCCACGGAUCCCAUGGCGAUGUCGUUCGCACCGGGCGACUUCGAGGUAGCAUUCGAACGAGGCGUCGACUUGAACGCCGUGCACGACCUAAGCGGCGCAGACGUCGAGGGCGACGAGAAUGAGUGUUACGUGCCGAACGACAACACACCGCCGCGUUCACCUGAACCUGAGCCGUACGCGAACGAGGAUCGCACGCAUACACCUUUCAUGGAUAAGUCGAACGAUCUUCUGCACGCAUCGUCGACACCGUACACCGACGGUGGUACAUCUGCCGAUCUCAUAACGAAUGAGGUCUUAACAGUGGAACAGCAGCAAACGUCAUCCAUCGAACAGGAACUCGGCGUUUCUCCGCUCACGGACGACCUCACAAGCGAGCAUGAGACUCCCAAGCCGGAACCGAUCGCCUCGCAGAUCGACGACGAUCACUUGGUGGCGAAAGAACAGGUCGAGGAAGUCAGCGAGAGCGCGCAAUCCGCCGUCUCCGACCUACUAGAGACUCCGAAUCUUGCGGCAGAAUCUUGCGCGAAGGAAUCUUCUUUGUCGUCUAUGUCGCCGAUGCAGGAUACACUGGAGUGUGCUUCGCCGCAACCGGUGGAAGAGGAGACAGUGAUACCCUCCGAAUUGAGUCCAACGGCUGCUGUUCCCGUCGCCUCUUCUUUAGAAAUCGACGUUUCCAAAUUAAGCCAACAAUACGACUUGGAUCCAUUUGCUUCAGACUGCGUCUCGAACACGAACGACGCGCCUGAUCUUCUUCAGAAACCGUUGGAUUCGGUGGUACCGGCUGGCAGGCAGAACGUAGAUAAUCUUAUCUUCGAGGCAUUAUCGACUGAAGCGGUGACCGCUGCUGUGGAUCAGCAACCGCAGGAUUUGUGGGAGAGCAUCGUUUGCACGAAGGAGCUGUCGCUAGAAAACACAGAAACGCCGACGAACAUAACCGUGCAGCAAGAAGAGACGGACCACAAACCGAAUACCGAGACCGAGGAAACCGCGAAACUGAUGGAAUACUUUUCGCAGGGCAAUGAGAUGUGUGAAAUCAGAGCUGAAGAUAUGAAGAUAUCCACAGAUUUCAGCGCGACGUACGAAAACGUCAACGCAACGAUCGAUUCUCUGAUAUCGGAUGCAAUCGUGAAAAGCACCACGGCGCCUGUAGAAUCGAGCUACCACGAACCAAUGUUGGAGAUUGGUGAAGCACCAACGCUCGCGAAUGUCGACAUGAAUCUGCUGGUCGAUUUCUCAGCGCAGCAAGCACAAAUUUUGCAAAACUCCGCGGAGAUUGUAGGCUUUGACAGCGAGUCUAUGUUCAAAGUUGAUAAAGCGGCGGAAGUAACAAAUGUCAGUGUGAACAUGCUUGAUGAUUCGACGCAAGAACAACAAAUCGAGAAGAGCUCUGCCGAACUUGUAGACUUGGAUUCCAGCGAAUCGAAGUUCAAGGAUAACGAAGAAGUCCUCACGAACGUUGAUGUCGUCGAGACGUCGUCGAUUGUUACGUCGCAAAACGACACAGUCGUGCCAAGUACGCUCGCGAGCGUGGAAGAGCAAACGCAAGACGAGAAGAUCCAAUCGCUUUUGCUGGACAACACGCCGACGGAGGCCUUAGUGUCUAGUAAUGUGCCGGAAGAACCAGAGAAAGAGAAGCCCAUAGAGGUGACACCUACGAGCAACGAGACACUUGAGGAAAAAGUCACCGCCGAGAGUGUUUCCACAGACAAAACUGAAACCGCAGAGUUAUCAGCGGAUAAGCCGAAAGAGGAAAUCGUUGCUGCCGAAUCUACGACAGUAGUGAUACCCGCCACAGCGACCGUAGCUGCAGCCGCUGCGGUGGCAACGGCGGUCGGUGCCGUCGCGAGCUCUGCCAAAGUCAAGAGCGCGAAACGCCCGACGAAAACUGCCACCACCACCACAACAACAACGAAAACGAUCACGUCGACAACGAAGGCAGCGUCGGCGAAAUCCACGCCGACCUCGCCCUCCAAAGCAGCUGUGAGUGCCACGACCGCGCGGACGACGAGCGCGACGUCGGCGCAAUCGGCAGCGACGAAAAAACCAGCCGCGGCUCGUCCUAAGCAGCUCGACGGAUCGGCUAAAGCUGCGGUCUCCAACACCACGACGAAGAGCAGCAUCGCUGCUAAGACAGCAACGGCUGCUAAAGCCGCGACCACGACCGCAACGAAGUCUACGGCGUCUUCACGAGUCAGCGCCGUCGCAUCAAGACCAAGAACCAUAAAUACUUCAAUAACCUCGCCGAAGCCGAGCACUACCGGCGGACUUUCCGAUAAGAAAUCAACUACGGCGAACGGCGACGCGAAGCAGCUCGCGAGCAACAAACCCAUCGCUGCCAAGUCGACGAUAAGCAAAAGCACGACUAGCAGCAGCGGCACGAAGGCUACUACACUAGUCAAAUCGUCGUCGACGACUACUAGAACAUCCGUAUCUGCAGUGUCAUCGAAGCCGCGACCCACGUCCGCCUCCCUGGCCGUCAGAGCGUCCACGAACUCAUCGCCGAAACCGGCGACGACGAGCGGACUUAACAACAGCAUGUCGAGACCCAAAACCGCACCUGCUUCCAGCGGCGUUACCAAGACGCGUGAAAACACCGCCAAAACGAGCACGGUCAAGUCACCUAUGAUCGACAAGCAGAUCAAGGAAACGGCCAACAAGCGAAUCUCCCUUGGACGCAGCACCACCGGGACGUCGUCGACGACUGCGCCGAAGACUGGUCGCGCAUCUGCGCCCGCUGCCACCGCCGCCAAAUCACGUUUGACCAGUGCAAAAUUGUCCAACACUACGACGGCUACCUCGCCCACGAAGAAAACGACGUCAAAGGUCGUCGCGUCCAGGGUGUCAACGAGCGCGAAAACCACGCCGUCGAACAAGACGAAGGCGUUGCCGAAUGGAGUACCCGACAGCACGUUGGCUGUCACGACCGACAACGUUAUAACUACGAUGAUGAACGACAAGCUCGUGGACGACGACGACGUGCCACGGAAGGAUGCGUCGCCAGUGAACGUGCCGACCGAUAAUCAGCUGAUCGUGACAGCCGACUGAAUCGGUCGACCGGUGAGCCGAGGAUCCAUCGCCGCCGCCACCGCCGCCGCAGCCGCAGCAGUUUCGCGACAACGCACGCCGGCCUAGAUUAUCACACGUCGUCGCGGGUUUCAUCAUCGCGUGGACCGACCGACAGACCGAGAGAAUAGGUUUUUCCUUCUUAUUAUUUAUGGAGAGAAACUACACGCCCGCGCGCCGAACGUACGCUAGUAGUGCUUAGGGAAUAUACUAUAAUGUAUGUCGAAAGGAGAAAUUUUUACUUUCUAUCAUUACGUAAAUAUAUAUAUAUGUAACGGGAGGUGUUUCUGUCUAUCAACGGAGAGAUUGAGAAGGAGAUAGAAGAGAGCGACGCGCAUACCCUAAACAUUGCUUUCGACAUGGCUGCGACUCGCGAAGUUACAUCGGAACCAAAAUUGUGAAAACGUAUCGGAGACGAAAAGGGCAUAUAGAUGAGAAGUUGAGAAAGAGGAAGGAGGAGGAGGGGAUGGAUACUAUGGAGAUCGAUGAUAAUGAUGUAAAUAUGACAAUGAGUAUGAUUUACGUAAUAUUUAAUCUUUGUGCUGAGAUCGCGAGAGGAAUCAGGUGGUGCUCGUGACGGCCUGAAAAAAAGAAAAAGAGAAAAAAUAGACUUUCAAUUUUGAUCCUAACUGAACAACGUGGCGGUAUGUUACUCUUAAUGUUUAACAAAACUCGAUGGAUUUUUUACAAUUUUUUAAUUUUAUAUGUGCAUUAUAAUUGAUAACGAUUACUCGUGACAUACUUACUCGAGCAAAA